AUGUGCAGCAGCAGGAAGGGAAGGGAGGAAAGGGGCACGACGAGGAGGUGGAGAGGCAGCGUGAGUUUGGUCCUCGACGGCGAGAGGCUGUCCAGAAACAUCAGCCCCGUGCCGAACACGCAAAUUAUCAGCGCCACCGCCACAAUUGGAAUUUUGAAAACCUGCAAAGUGGCUUUCACGAAGGGCAGCGGGCUGCGGGUGGACUUGACCAAAGUGCAGCAGCAAACUAAACCCUCUUGGGGGGCCCCCCCCGAGGCCCGCAGGGAGGCCCUGGGCCGGUGGACCCACGAGGUCGAGCUCGAGCUGCACCCCAUGCAGAUUGCCAGGGCCGUGCUGCACCUGCAGCAGACCGGAGACCCGCGGCCCCUGUGGUGUCUUUGCUGCACCUUCUUGUCUUUGCUGCGGGAGUUAGCUGCUGCUUUGAAUUCUCCGCUGGGGCCCCGGGGCCCCCGGGGGCCCCGGGGGGCCCCCGGGGGGGGCCCCCUGGGGGCCCCCGGGGCCCAGGGGCCCUGGGAUGACCUCGAAGAAGUGCAAAUGGCAGCAGCAGAAGAAGUUGCUUUUAAACAUUAUCUUUCGGAGCAGCUGCCUUUGAUUGGGGACUACGCCUACAGAGCUGUGGUGCAGCAAAUGCUGCAGCAGCAGCGCAGCAGCAGCGCAGCAGCAGCUCCUUCGCUGCAGGACUUUCUGAAGCAGCCCGAAGCAGAAUCCAGGUGUCUGUACACCCAAAACAAAACCCACAUUUCGGGGCCCUGGAUUCCCCACAAAGACGCAGACGGCAGAGUCCACCUCAUCGAGCUCAAGCGCUAG